AUGGUAGACAGUUUAAUAGUUUCUUUGAGACUUCUCAGUUCCCUAGCAGUGCUGGGAUUUCAGUUUGCCAUCCCACAGCCUUCAAUUGAACACAGAAAGGUUCCCCAGAGGAUAGAAGAGCAAAGAGAUGCAUCUGAGGAUAGCAGUACAGGAAUCCCAGGCAUGUGGGGAAGUUGGGGCCCCUGGUCUGCCUGCUCUCGGAGCUGCAGUGGCGGUGUGAUGGAGCAAACGCGGCCCUGCCUCCCAGCCUAUUACCGUGAAAGGGGCUACCGAAGGCCAGGGCGGCAGUACCCGGCCUCAGAGAGAACUCUUGCUCAUCAGAAUUCCCGCCACCGUGAGGACUCGCUGACUGCUUAUCCUGGCCAUGUCAUUUCUGCCAUCCGUACAUCUGUGCCACUUCACAGGAAUGAAGAGCAGGUUUGGGCAGGCCUUUGGGCCUCUGCUUCUUCCGGAGGCCAUAAUAACAGCCAUCUGAGCAGAGGAGCACUGAGAGGCAGCAGGCAUUCUCAGUCCCAGAGGCAGACCGCCAAGCCAGAAAAGAGAAGCAGAAACAGAAAUCCUAUUGGUCCAGGGAAGUAUGGAUAUGGAAAAGUGCCAUACAUUUUACCUUUACAAACUGAUACUGGUCAGCAGCCUCAGAAACUUCGGAGGCAGCGACAGUCAUCGAGGAGCCACGUAUUUCAUCAGAGUCCAAGUCUCAUGAACAGUUACAGCCAGGCAGCUAGUCCUUCACUUCAACAUGGGAAUCUUUAUCAAGAAGAAAGUGGGCCUCAGGCUGGACAUCAAGUCCUGGGACCCUCAGUUUAUCAGUCAUCUUCAUUUCCUGUAUCUCAAAGCCUGUUUCACAGCAGCGACUCAAACCAUCACGGGUCUGCAUCACACCAGGCGGUCCAGGGUCAGCCCCAGCCUCAAAGGGCGGCAGCAAUUGUGUGCAUUGGCACCUACAAGCAAUAUAAACUCUGCAACACAAAUGUGUGUCCUGAAAGCAGCAGAAAUAUUAGAGAGGUGCAAUGUGCAUCAUACAAUAACAAGCCAUUUAUGGGUCGAUUUUAUGAAUGGGAACCUUUUGCAGAAGUGAAGGGAAGUCAGAAGUGUGAGCUGAAUUGCCGUGCAAUAGGUUACCGAUUCUAUGUGAGACAGGCUGAAAAGGUGAUAGAUGGGACGCCCUGUGACCAAAAUGGAACUUCCAUCUGUGUGGCAGGGCAGUGCAAGAGCAUCGGCUGUGACGACUAUCUGGGUUCAGACAAGGUGAUUGACAAGUGCGGAAUAUGUGGAGGGGACAACACUGCUUGCAAGGUUGUGUCUGGAGUUUUCAAACACACGCUAACGAAUCUCGGCUACCACAAGAUAGUUGAAAUUCCUGAAGGAGCUACUAAAAUCAACAUUACUGAGAUGUCAAAGAGCAACAACUAUUUGGCAUUGCGGAGUCGAUCAGGACGGUCCAUCAUCAAUGGAAACUGGGCAAUUGAUCGACCUGGGAGAUAUGAAGGUGGUGGGACAAUGUUCACUUACAAACGCCCAAAUGAAAUCUCCAGCACUGCAGGAGAGUCGUUUUUAGCUGAUGGUCCAACAAAUGAAGUCCUUGAUGUCUAUAUGAUACAUCAGCAGCCUAACCCAGGCAUACAUUAUGAGUAUAUCAUUCCAGGAGACAAUGUCAUUAGUCCUCAGUUGCUUGCUCACAGGAGGCCAGGGGAGCCCUUGAACGGUCAGUUAGGAAUGCCAGAAAGUACAAAUCGUGAGGAUGAGGAUUUGCGUAGGGAGACAGAUACUCUCACUGGACAAUCAGCUGGAACUUUUCCAGUUAUUCAUCCAGGAAGAUUUCCUUCUCAUCAGCCAGAAAACCAGGUGCCUGCUGUGCAACCAUCAAGACAAAAUCGAGAACACAACUGGAAACAGAUUGGAAAAACUGAGUGCACUACGACAUGUGGGAAAGGGUCACAGUACCCAGUUUUCCACUGUGUCAACAGAAUCACUCACGAGGAGGUAUCUGAGAGUUACUGUGACAGCAGCACCAAGCCCGUUCCAGAAGAGGAGGCCUGCAACCUCUUCCCAUGUCCAGCUUUCUGGGAUAUAGGGGAGUGGUCUGAGUGCAGUAAAACGUGUGGCCUUGGUAUGCAGCAUCGACAGAUCUUGUGCCGGCAAAUGUAUGCCAAUCGUACCUUGACAGUUCAGCAAUACCGCUGUCAUCACCUGGAGAAACCAGAGACAACCAGCACUUGCCAGCUGAAGAUCUGCAGUGAAUGGCAGAUUAGGACAGAGUGGACUUCAUGUUCAGUGCCUUGUGGAGUGGGGCAGAGGACCCGAGAUGUGAAAUGUGUCAGCAACCUUGGAGACAUUGUUGAUGAUGAGGAAUGUAACAUGAAGCUGCGGCCAAAUGAUAUCGAGAACUGCGACAUGGGUCCCUGUGCUAAGAGCUGGUUCCUUACAGAGUGGAGUGACAGGUGUUCUGCAGAAUGUGGUGACGGAGUCCGUACGCGUUCAGUGGUUUGUAUGACAAACCACGUCAGCAGUUUGCCUCUGGAAGGCUGUGGCAAUAACAGACCCUCUGACACAACUCCCUGUACUAAUGGGCCCUGUGCUGGUAAAGCGGAGUGGUUUGCUGGAGGCUGGACACAGUGCUCUACUGAAUGUGGCAGUGGAACUCAACAGAGAGAAGUCAUUUGUGUUAGGAAAACUGAAGGUAAUUUUGACGUUUUGAACCCCUAUGAAUGUUCAUAUUUGGAAAAACCUCCCAGCCAGCAAUCCUGCUACCUCAAACCCUGUGGAUCUAAGUGGUUUCAUACAGAGUGGAGCACAUGUUCCAAAUCCUGUGAAGGAGGAUUUCGGGUUCGAGAGGUACGAUGUCUAUCGGAUGACAUGACAGCCAGUACUCAUUGUGAUCCACAGCUUAAACCUGAAGAAAAAGAACCAUGUAACACACAAGAUUGUACCCCUGAAAUAGAUGAGAACUGCAAAGAUAAAUACUACAAUUGCAAUGUGGUGGUUCAGGCCAGGCUCUGUGUCUACACCUAUUACAAAACAGCCUGUUGUGCAUCCUGUACACGUGUGGCAAACAGACAAUCAGGGUUUCUAGGACGUAGAUAA